AUGCUCCAUUUUGUGAAAACAAACGGAGUCUCCACCGUCAGACUGGACUCGCCAUUAAAGAGUGACCCAUUUGAGGACUUGUCAUUGACCCUGCUUGCUGUGUCAAAGGCUCAGCCAUCUGUUCACACCCCAAGCCCAAGGGGGCUGACGCCGUUGCCUUCUGCAACCCCAAGUAACGCAAACACUCUGAGUUCUGUAAGCUGCAUGCCGACAAUGCCUCCAAUUCCAGCCCGGAGUAAAUCCCAGGAAAACAUGCGACGUUCCCCAAAUCCAUUCAUCCCAAGCUCAAGCAGCACAAAUCCUUUUACUGACAGGACUGCCGUUCCCAGAAACCCAUUUCGAGCUGAGUCUCAAGAAUCAGAGGCCACUUCAUGGUUCUCCAAAGAAGAGCCUGUUGCUCAGAGUCCAUUCUCUUCGCUGAGGCCUCUGGGUCAGAACAGUAGCAAGCCUUCAUCCUCCCUGGAUGGGUUUAAGGACAGUUUUGAUCCGCAGGGCCCGCCUGUACUAACAGUCAGCAACCCCAAAGGAUGGGUAACCUUCGAGGAGGAAGAGGACUUUGCUGUGACAGGGAAGUCAGGGUCCACUCGUCCAGAUGUUUUCCUGGGUAAGCAGCCGAGCUCAUCUCCUGGCUCCAAGGUGACGCUUGCUGAUGACUGGGGUACAAGUACCAAUGUGUCUUUCUGUGUGUUGCCAGCAAGAAGACCACCCCCACCGCCUGUCCCUCUGCUCCCACCUGGCACCACCCCUCCCGCAGACCCUUUCACAGCCCUGGCCUCUAAGGUAUCACCCACACUAGACUUGACGGAAAGAUAAAGUCACACAGUAGAGAGCAGUUGUCCCUUUAGUUUUGGCAGGGUAGAGCCAAGAGAUUUGGGCAUUCGUUAUUCAUGAUGUGCAAUAAGUAAUUGUUAAGUGCACUGAUGUUGUCCUGAAAUACCACUAUUUAAUGUGUACAGAGUUGGAAUAUGUGUAUAUCAGAAAUAAGGAAAAAUCUUUCUCAUUAUUAACUGGAAUUUUGGUGUGUUUCUGUUUGGAUAAAUAAGAGAGUAGAAGCCAUAAAAAGUGCUCGAAGCUACUUUAGAAAAGUCCUCAUUCAGACAUUCUUCAUCAGUCUCCUUUAAAGCAUCUCAAAAAGCCCAGACAACUUCUAGCUGACAUUGCUGCCAGCCCUUUGCUACUUGUUAACAAUUGGUGUUUAUAAGUAUUUACCAAAGAGCCAUCAAAGGUACACUGAAACAGAAUUUAGAAAGACAUUGCUUUAAAAAAAACAGUGUAUACACACACAAACACACAAAUGUAUACACUUACAUACUGGUAAAUUGCAUCACUUAAAUUCUAGGGUAUAAGUCAGACUAAAUUUUUACCUAAAAGUUGUAACAGAGUUCUCUUUUCCAUAUAAUCAAAUGGAUGGCUGAAAAUGAAAUUUGGAUAUUUCCAUUAUCUUUCUUUCCAAAACUAGAGUAAUCUCACAAUGGAACCAGAAUUUGCCCCCAUUGCCACCCCUUCUGGACACCCAUACCACACACCCCCUUGUCACUCUGCUCCCACACCUCUGCCUGCUUUUCUGGGGGAAGAGCUUCUUGCAGCCGGAAGUAGCAUAUUGUGUGGACCGACCCUCCUGCCCUUUCAAAAAAGCACGCUGCCCACAGAUGUCAGGAAGGCACGUGCCACCAAGUUCAAUGAGAAGUAAAUGAGAGUUAAAGGUCCAUGAAGGUGUCCGAGGCCCCAUGGCCUUCCUCACUUCUCAAGCUGGUGAGCCAGGCAGCGCCCACCCUGGGGGUCGCUGAACUGGAAUCUACCGUGUGUUCUCUCCCCCAUCUGUGAUGCUGCUUUACGUUCUUAGAGGCUACACUUCAAAUUAGCUGUGGAUUUUGUCUCCUGCACUGCCAGUAUGCAGCUGAUCCUGCUUUUGGUUAAUUUUAUGAAGACGUUCAUAAUUUCUACAGAAUGUAGUAUUUUGAUAUCAUUGAGGAAUCCUAAUCAGAAAAUUCCUGGAGCAAUAGUUGUUUUGCUGUCAGUUUGAAAUCACCUUUACCCAUUAUAUUAGCAUUCCUUUUAUACAAACAGUUGUAAAUGUCACCUGAAUUCCAUUGUCCACAUUUAACCUUUAACACGUGCAUUGGGGGAAUAUCAGAAAAUGGAGUUAACGGCUAAGAAUACAUAAGAUGUAGAAAAGCACAGCAAGCUGCGUCGCACUUAACCACAUAAAGCAAAUCUAUUAGGAAAAAAGCACUUUUCUAAAUGCUCAAAUGUUAUCAGAAUACUAUAUUUAUAAAAGUAAUUCUCUCUCUAUUAACAGCCAGGACUUGCUGUUAGAAAUAACUCUUGUGAGUUUUAUAUUGCGCUUUUUGGGGGGUUCUAAUCAUUUCAGCAGUAGUAUAUUUUAAACAGCAGUAUUACUAUAAGCAGUGUGCUUCAAAAUGUGAAUUAACUUGUUGAAACUGUGGCUUUAACAUCUGUGUGAUUAGUGUAUACGGUAUUUGCUCUCCGUUAGGAAAAUAACUCAUUAUAAACUUUAGUGCAACUGCAGUUCUGUGAGCAGUGUUUCCCAUUGAAUAGAAACUACUGUCUAAAAUAUACAUAUCAAGCAGCAGCUCAGCCUUUGUCAGGAAAUUCUAUUGAUACUUGGCAAGUUGCUGAAAAAGGGCACAAAGUUAUGACAGACAGUUAAAGGUAUGCUGCAAUAACUAGCCAUUAUUCUGCAUAUUAUUAAAAUAUUGACCAGUUCUGUUAAAAGCAGAGCAGAAGCUAGACACUAAGGAUCUCUGUGAAUUCUUUGUUCUCUAUAGUAGAUUGCUGUUUAUAUGUAAGAAUUUUAUUGCUUAUGUGGCACACAGUAUUUAUAACUAUAUACUUUAUAGGAGUACAGUAUUAAAGUCGGUGGCAUAUAAUCACUGAACAUAUCCUGUGAAAUGUGCUGUCAUAUGAAAUAAAUAUACCUGUCUUUACCAUCCUGA